UCUGAUAGUAUGAUAUACUAAAGAAGUAGUGAUAGAGUGAGUGAGGAGGCUGGUGGACGGUAUCAGUAGCUGGGAGGCCGCCCUGCUAGGUGAAGAUAAUUACACAUGAAGUUGUUUUUCUAUACAAGUCUUUGAGAAUGGAUUCUGCUGAGGAAGACACCCUGGACCAUGAGAGAAAUGGCGGGAAGUUACAAGCACCGAACCAAGAGUCUGAAGAGAGGCAACUAAACAGUCCUGAAGGUAUAAAUGAACCGAUGGUUUUGAAAGUGAAAGAAGACAAUAUUCUUGAGUGUGAUUCAGAGAGUUCAGUGAAGAUAGUGACUCAGUCAGAGUUUGAUGAUCCUGUCACCAAAACUGUUGCAUUUGAUAGCAGAGAAGAACUGAAUGAUGAUAGUGAAAAUGAUGGAAAUACGACAGAUAUUGACGAUGAAAUUGAUGAUGCACUUGACGAAGGAUAUAUGGGAAUGGAAUGUACUCUAGAAAGAGGAUUUUCUUUAAAUGAAACUGCUAUUGCUCGUGACCUUCGUCAUGAACGCUACGAUGAAGUUGCUGUCAAGUACAAGCAAGAUGCAACAUUCACCCGCUAUCGUCCGUCUCUCCAGCACUUCAUUCCUUUCCGGAAACCACCUAAGGAGAAGGAUGAAAUGCCAGUAGAUAAAGCUGGACUGUUCAGUUACACCACCAUAUCAUGGAUUAGCAACCUCAUGUGGAAAGCUUAUAAAACUGGUCUGAAAGAUGAAGAUAUUCCAAUCUGCUCAAAAUAUGACAUGUGUGGCUACAAUGUUGAAAGAUUGGAGACUUUAUGGAAUGAGGAAAUUAAAAGAAAUGGAAAAGAUAAUGUUUCACUGCAGCGUGUUGUGUGGAAGUUCCUGAGAACUCGCCUCCUCUUUGCUCUCUCUAUUUUCAUGGUUAAUAUCAUGUUGGGAUUCAUUGGACCAACUAUAUUCAUGCGCUUGCUAAUAAGUUGGCUCUCAACGGAGGAACCUAUGACCGUGGGAGCGAUUUGGACUACUGGUCUACUGAUCACAGAGUUCUUUCGCAUCAUUCUCUUCUGUCUUGUAUGGUGCAUCAACUAUCAGAAUGGGGUUCGACUGAGAGCUGCAUGUCUUGGACUGGUGUACAAAAAACUAAUGAGGAUGUCAAAUCUAGGAAGCAAAAGUGUUGGAGAGGUGAUCAACUUGUUUGCCAAUGAUGCUCAGCGAAUAUAUGAUCUAGUUGUACUUGGUCCACUGAUUAUUGGAGGUCCAGUGGUGGGAGCUGGUGGUGUGGCAUAUAUACUCUGGCUCUUGGGACCGUGGGCUUUGUUUGGCAUGGUAGCGUUUCUUCUUUUCUAUCCAUUUCAGUAUGGAAUAUCACGGCUAACUGGUUAUUUACGACGCAAAACCAUUGCUGUUACUGAUGAAAGGGUUCGCAUGGUAAAUGAACUCCUCACAUGUGUGAAGCUAAUCAAAAUGUAUGCAUGGGAGAAGAGCUUUGCUUCUACAAUUGCAGAAAUUCGUUGCCGUGAGAGACGGUUGCUAGAGAAAUCGGCGUAUGUGCAGAGCAUUAGUCUAGCUAUGGCUCCCACUGUACCUAUAAUUGCUGCCAUUGUCACUUUCCUGGCUCAUAUUGGUGCUGGGUAUAAUCUUACUGCAGCUCAGACCUAUUCUCUUCUAAUGGUAUUCAGCACUGUCAUAAGAAAUGGCUUCUCUUAUUCAUCAUAUACUUUCAUUUUAGAACAAGGAAGAAUCUCUAUCAUUCGUUUUCAGGCAUGGUCGUAUUAUGGGCUAGCUGGGCUAAUACACUUUGGUAUGGAUUGCAUCACUUAUUCCAUUCAGCAUAUUCGUGAGGGGCAAAUCUCUUUGGAGAGAUGUAAGAAUAUCCUCCUAAUGGAUGAGUUGACUCCAUAUGUUGAAGAGCCGCAAACUGAAGACAUUGCUGUUGCUCUGCAUGAUGCCACACUCGCUUGGAAUACUAUUUCUCUAGAGAAAAAGGGAAAAGAGAAGAGAAGGAAUAAAAACGAUACUGGAUCUCCAACUGAUGAUUUGUUACAGAAAGUUACAGAUCCUCAAUGUACAGAAGUAUUGUUUGGUAUCAGCUUGUCUGUCAAAAGGGGUGAGUUGAUUGCCGUAUGUGGAGGUGUAGGAGCUGGCAAGUCAUCAUUGAUAAGUGCUUUGCUUGGCCAUAUGCAGCUAAAUUCUGGGAAAGUUUAUCUCCAUGGAGCCUGUGCCUAUGUUGGACAACAAGCAUGGAUACUCAAUGCCUCAUUUAGAGAUAAUAUUCUUCUUGAUGAAACUUUUGAUGCAAAGAAGUACUAUAGAGUAAUUCAUGCUUGUAAUCUUAAUCAAGAUAUUGCAGCGAUGCCUGCUGGAGACUUUACCGAAAUUGGAGAGCGUGGCAUCAACCUGUCUGGUGGGCAGAAGCAACGCUUGUCUCUUGCUAGAGCCAUUUAUGCAAAUAAGCAAGUGUAUUUGCUAGACGAUCCUCUUAGUGCUGUUGAUGCACAUGUUGGUAACCACAUCUUCCAGUGGGUCAUUAAGGGAGCACUUCGAGAAAAGACAACAAUUUUUGUUACACACCAACUUCAAUAUUUACCUCAGUGUGACCGUAUAGUGUAUCUGCGGGACGGGUGUGUUUUUGAAUUGGGCACACACAACGAUCUUAUGAAGGCCAAUAAUGAAUAUGCUGCCUUAUAUACAACUCAUAUGCAAACAGUAAAGGAUAUAAAUGAAAGAGAAAUAGAACCAUCAAGAAGCUUUCGAAUACGACAAGACUCAGUUAUGUCAUCAGACAGUGGAAAGAGUGGCUCAAAUGGCUUCAUUCCAGAGAGAGGCCUUGUGGUUGAUGCACUUCAGAAUGCUGCUGCAGGUACAGGUCAACUUAUAACUGAAGAACAGAUUGAGAAAGGUGACAUACCUAAGUCUACAUACCAUUCAUACAUAAUGGCAGCGGGUGGAUACAUCAUAGCAACACUUGUUAUAUUGACUUUCAUUCUCAAUGUUGGGUCUACAGCCUUCAGUUCCUGGUGGCUCUCCCUAUGGCUAUCAGCAGGAAGUGGAAAUACAAGUGUUGUGAUUGGAAAUGAAACUGUUAUCAGUGACAAUAUUGCUGAUAAUCCAGACUGUCAGUUUUACCAAACUGUUUAUGGCUGCUUCAUCGUCAUCAUUUUGGGAACUUCUCUUAUCAGAGGAUUUGCAUUCAUGAAGACAACUUUGGUGGCUUCAAGUCAUAUGCAUGAUCAGGUUUUUAUGAAAGUGUUUCGCAGCCCUAUGAGUUUCUUUGACACCACCCCUUCUGGCCGCAUCAUCAAUAUUUUCUCUCGGGACAUGGAUGAAGUUGAUGUUCGAGUUCCCAUAACAAUGGAAACAUUCUUGCAGAAUAUUUGCUUGAUUUCAAACUCCCUGGUGUUUGUGUGUUUGGUUUUUCCAUACUUUUUGCCUUUUCUGGCACUUCUGGCAGCUAUAUUUCUGUAUAUCCGAAAUAUAUUCAGGAUUGGAAUUCGUGACUUAAAAAGGUUAGAAAAUACAUCUAGAUCUCCAUUGUACAGCCAUGUAAGCACAACUGUAAGUGGCCUUGCUACCAUUAAUGCCUAUGGUAAACAAGGCAUGUUUACAAAAAAGUUCAUGGUCCUCUUCGAUGAAAACACUUGUGUCUUCUAUCUCUUCAACUGUGCUAUGAGAUGGUUGGCAGUCAGACUUGAUUUGCUCGCAAUGCUGGUAACGUCAUUUACUGCAGUGCUGUCCUUGUUUUUAAGAGGAUCAGUGGAUGCAUCAUUUGCUGGUCUGGCCUUGGCUUAUUCAGCACAGCUGAGUGGUAUCUUCCAGUACACUGUAAGACUUAGCACAGAAACAGAAGCAAGAUUCACAUCUGUUCAAAGGAUAAUAAACUAUUCAAAAGGUCUUGAGUCUGAAGCACCAUCCAUAAUAGAAUCAAAACGUCCGGAUGCUACUUGGCCAAAAUAUGGACGCAUCAGUUUCCGUAAAGUUCAGAUGAGGUAUCGACCAGAAACACCCCUCGUUUUGAAGGGCAUCACCUUCGAUAUAGAUUCAAUGGAAAACAUAGGGAUAAUUGGAAGAACUGGAUCGGGAAAGUCAUCGUUAGGAAUAGUGUUAUUCCGGCUAGUUGAGUUGGCUGGCGGUACUAUUCGUAUUGAUGGAAUAGAUAUCUCUACUCUAGGGUUAGAGGAUCUUAGGUCACGGAUUUCUAUAAUUCCUCAGGAUCCUGUGCUUUUUAUAGGAACUGUCAGAUAUAACUUAGAUCCAUUUGAAGUUCAUUCAGAUGAAGAAAUUUGGUCUGCCUUGGAGCAAACCUUUAUGAAAAAUCAAAUUUCCAACCUAAAAUUAAAACUUAAUGCACCAGUGGUGGAGAAUGGUGAGAACUUCUCAGUUGGUGAACGUCAGUUGAUGUGUAUGGCUAGAGCCCUCCUUAGAAAGAGCAAGAUUAUAUUCCUAGAUGAAGCUACAGCUGCCAUAGACACAGAAACUGAUCAAAAGAUUCAACAAACACUGAAGAAAGCCUUUAAAUUUUGCACCAUGAUCACUAUUGCACACAGGCUGAAAACAGUGAUGUCCUGCUCACGGGUCAUGGUGUUGGAUGAUGGGAAAGUAGCAGAGUUUGACACACCAAGGGUUCUUCUUGCCAAACCUUCUUCAAUGUUUUCCAAAAUGCUUGCAAAAGCCGAAUCUUCUUUUGCCGAUUAAGGAAUCAGUGCAAGCUAUAGUGUAUUGAAAAUAUUUUAAUUUGUAAAUUGAUUUGUUGUGAUUGUGUGUGUAUUUUUAAUUAAUAUUACUGGUAUACAAACUUGUUACUAUUUUAACCUUUUUUUAAAUUUAGUUUUCACUUCUAAUAUAACAGACUUGCCUAAAUUAAGAAUAAUCCAGAACCCCUAAAAUCUGUUGGAAGAGUUAGCAUCACAAGAUGACAGAGAGGUUGCGAGAUACAGGAGGGCAAUUGUACCUUGUACAAUUACCCGUACUGUACAGAGAGGUUGCGAGAUACAUUGUACCUUGUCAAUCCAAGGUACAAUGAGUACCUUGGAUUGACAAAGAGCAGCAGAGGGGCAACUUGAAAAUUGAAUACUGUACUAGAUAGAGCAAAGACCCAAUCUUAAUUGCUUCAAAGCCAUAUCAGGCAGAAAACAGCAGUAAUGAAACAGAUGAUGAAACUAAAAAUAGGAUAGGACACAUUCACAUAGAAUGUGAGGAACUCGAAAGACAUUUUCAAAAUGUCGAGGCAAUAGAACAUGGGAAGAGAGAGAUGUAUGAAUAGAGAGGGUUGGAUUCAAACUGUAUAGCACUGAAUGGCUUUGAGAUUAUCAUUGAUAAAGUAAGACAGUACUUGCUGAAACUGAACAUGAUAACGAGUAUAGAACCAGGUAAGAUAUGACUAUUAUAUACUGUACUUGCGAUAACUUACAUUGCCUUGAUUCACAGUAAAACUAAUAAAUACACAUAAAUGUACUAGUCUACAUUUUGCCAAAUUUACACAACUUAUAUAUUAAUUGUUAAAUGGAGGAACAUGUUGCUGGAUGAUUGUAGAUUAAUACUCCGUGUAGGCUUUAAUAAUUAUCAGUGAUGGUGUUGAGAGAAGAUGAUGGUUGACAAGUUACUGUGUAAAUUCAAAAGCGAUUCUGAAAUUCACAAGCAUAGCUCAGGCUUCUCUUACAAUGCCUUUUUAUGUGAUCUUCUGGUGACAGUUUCUUUGGUUAUUAGAAAGAUAAAGUGGUGCAGGUGAUGAGUCACAAUAACGUGGCUAAAGUAAGUUGACCAGACCACACACUAGAAGGUGAAGGGACGACAACGUUACGGUCCGUCCUGGACCAUUCUCAAGUCGAAUCGACUUCAUAAUGAUCCAGGACGGAUCGAAACGUUGUCAUCCCUUCACCUUCUAGUGUGUGGUCUGGUCAAGAUAAAGUGGUACUUUAGGGUACACAUUAGUGAACACCACAGUUAGUCAGUGAGAACUGAUCACUGACAAAACCACCUUUCUCCAUAAUUCUGGAACACAAUAUCUCUUAUCUUCCUCUUCAUCUGCAGCCAGUAGAUCAUCAUACAUGGUGUUGAUUGUAUUAGAGUUCCUCCUGCAUUAGAGAUAUAAACAAAGAAGGCCUAUUAAGCCCAAGAAAUUUUUAUUGACCUGUUUCCAAUAGGUAACAGAUGUUAAUUUAAUCUUUCAUUGUUCAUUUUUUUUAAUUAAACACAUUAUUGAAUUUACUAGGUUUAAUAGGAGAUGAUGCUAGUAAUAGUAAUUAAUUACGGCAUUUAUGUAUAAUUUAAAUUUUUUCUCUCGACUUAUGUUUCACAUAACAUUAGUUUUGCAAUUUUAUAUUUGAUAUUUAAUUUGUUUUCCAUUUUUAUGACUGCAUUUAAUAUUCAUCUCCUCUGUAUUUUGGGCUGUGAUAAUGACAUAAUAUAUGUUGAAACACUAGAAAAAUAAAUCAAAUGAAGAUACAGUA